AUGCUGGCUGGGAAGAAGGCUCUGGUCACAGGCGCCUCCAAGGGCGUUGGCGCCGCCAUCGCAGAGCGGCUGGCCCGCGAGGGCGCCUUGGUGUGCCUGGUGGCGCGCAGCGAGGACUCCCUGCGGGAGACUGCCCGUCGGUGCAAGGACAGCGGCGCAACGGGCGCUGCAGUGUUCCCCUGCGACCUUGGCAAUCCACAGGAGGUGGACAGGCUGGGUGCAGCGCUGCUGGAGGCGCACGGCUGCAUCCAUGUGCUGGUGAACUGCGCGGGCGCUUACCCCAACCCUGGCCAAGCGCCGGAGGAGGGCGAUCCGGAUGCCUGGGAAGCGGCACUCAGGCUGAACGUGCUUGCGCCGCUGCGCCUCACCCGCCUGUUGGCGCCGGCGAUGGUCAAGGAAGGUGGCGGGCACAUUGUGAAUGUGGGCUCCGUUGCUGGGUGCAAGGGCGUGGCCGAUGAGGCCAGCUACAGCGCCACCAAAUGGGCCAUCCGCGGAUGGAGCAACAGCUGCUACGAGGCUCUGCGCGAGCAUGGGGUCAAGGUCACACUCAUCCAGCCCGCCCACGUGGCCACCGACAUGGCGGCUGUCCAGGGUGGCACUCGAUACAGCGAGAUGCGACCGGAGCUGAUGAUCCAGCCUGAGGAUGUGGCGCAGGCGGUGGUGCUCCCCUUCCACCUCAGCAGCAGCGCAGACCCAGUGGAAAUCAUCCUCAACAGGCUGCAGACGCCCUACGCGGCAUGA